AUGGCUGCAGUGAGGAAUGAUGAAGAGAAACUGGGUGCCAUGGACAGGGCCGUCCUCCUCAAUCAAACUUCGGUGACGUUAUUCCGGCUCAGAGGUUUAUCUGUGAAUCCGAAGAUACAGAUGGCUGUGUUUGUCAUGUUCCUCAUUUUCUACAUCCUGACACUGAUUGGUAACAUCCUCAUUGUCAUAACGAUCAUUUACGACCGCCGGCUCCAUACCCCCAUGUACUUCUUCCUCAGCAAUCUGUCCUUUAUUGAUGUCUGCCAUUCCACUGUCACUGUCCCAAAGAUGCUCAGAGACACCUUGUCAGAAGAAAAGCUCAUCUCUUUUGAUGCCUGCGUGGUCCAGAUAUUCUUCCUGCGCCUCUUUGCCUGCACGGAGAUCUUCCUGCUUACUGUCAUGGCCUAUGAUCGAUAUGUGGCCAUUUGUAAACCCUUGCAGUACAUGACAGUGAUGAACUGGAAGGUGUGUAUGAUACUGGGUGUGGCCCUAUGGACAGCGGGGACCAUCCACUCCAUAUCUUUUACCUCACUCACCAUCAAGCUGCCCUACUGUGGUCCUGAUGAGAUUGACAACUUCUUCUGUGAUGUACCUCAGGUGAUUAAUCUGGCUUGCACUGACACCCACAUCAUUGAGAUUCUCAUUGUCUCCAACAGUGGGCUGAUCUCUGUGGUAUGUUUUGUGAUUAUUGUAGUGUCCUACGCAGUGAUCCUCAUGAGUCUGAGACAACAGAUCUCUGAAGGCAAGAGGAAAGCCCUGUCCACAUGUGCAGCCCACCUCACCGUGGUCACACUGUUUCUGGGACACUGUAUCUUCAUCUAUUCACGCCCAUCCAUCAGCUUUCCAGAGGACAAGAUUGUAUCUGCUUUCUUUGCUGCUGUCACCCCUCUACUGAACCCUAUAAUCUAUACCCUUAGGAAUGAGGACAUGAAGAACGCCUUAAACAAGUUAAUCAGGAGGAAAGAAAAGUAA